GUGUGUCGUCAUUUUUCCCUGGAAUCCUUCCUACAGUUUCAGGAGAACUUCAUUUGCAAAGCAGAGAGGCAUCAAGUUUUCCCUCUUUGAGUUCAACAGGAUCAACAGCCUCCACCAUCACAAACUCAAAUCAGAGCCAAACAUCCAUCAGGACUGGACAAUGAGGAGUGGAGUGGGGCUGUGUGUGCUGGGCCUGCUGUGCCUCCACAGCUCUGCAUUCGGGCAGGUGGUGAAGGCUGACGCUGGUGUCCUGAUCUUCUGUGACGAUCCCACUGUGGAGAAGGCAGUCAGCAGUGCCAUACACAAGUUCAAUGAGAGGCUACAUACUGGCUACAUGCUGGCUCUGUCUCAGAUAGUGUCAGCCAGGAAGUCAGAAAACGGUUCAGACUCGUUGUAUUCGCUGGAGUUCUCCACUAGGAGGAGUGACUGUCUAGCAGGAAGCAACAAACCCUGGACGGACUGUGAAUAUUUGCCAUUUGGACGCAUGGAGCCACUUUCAUGUAACGCCACAGUCCACAUGACAGAGACAGAAACUGAAACGAAACAGGUGGAGUGCCUGCUUGAUGACUUCAUUGUUCCAGAGAAGGCUCCCUGUUUGGGCUGCCCUGUGAAAAUUGACGAGACCUCAGAGGACCUCAAGGUUCCACUUUUUGCAUCUAUCUCCAAGUACAACUUAGCCUCGGACGCUACUCACCUGUUCACCUUGAACGAAGUCGGCUUCGCCACCAGACAGGUGGUUGCAGGUUUCAGGUUCAAGCUGAGAUUUGAUAUGAUGAAGACCGUCUGUGCCAAGGCUGAACACAAAGACCUCAACGAGCUGUGCGUCCCCGAUGAGGAAAAAAUGGAGUUUGUUAACUGUAACUCUACAGUGGAUGUAGCGCCGUGGAGAUUUGAGCAACCAGAGGCCCAUAUAGAGUGUGAAAAAGGUGCACUUUUCAAGCGCUCUGCGAGGCGCCGUCCUCCCGGCUGGUCUCCACUAAGGAACUUUCUGUUGAAAGCUCCCACCACUGCUUCUCCUUCAACAACAUCUCCACCCUUACCAUGCCCCUCCAAGGUGUCUGCUAAAGAAGAGUCAUCCGAGGAGGACACCACAGCUUCCAAACCAGUCGCCUCGCCCGACACUGCGAAUGAAAACCCCUUCCACUGCCCGUCUAAAUCCUGGAAACCUUUUCAGCCAGUCAAUCAUGCACUUCCAACAGAGGCGACCUCCCUGCAGCCUCCUGUGGACGGAGCCUUCAGUGAUACUGACCUGCUGUCUUAA